AUGGAAGAGGAUGAUGAAACAAAAAGAUUAAACGAACGUCGCCGUAUUAGAGAGGAAAGAAGAAAGAAACAAGAAGAAGAUGAAAAAAAGGAGGAACAAGCUAGAAAGCAAAGAGAGGAUGAGCGUAAAUUAAGAAAAGAGCAAAGAAAUAAAGAGAGAGGCGAAAGAGAAGAAAAACAAAAGAAAGAGUUGGAAGAUUAUAUAAAGAGAAGUGAAGAUGAACGUAAACAAAGAAGAGAAGAGCGUGAAAGACGUAGAGUGGAUGAGGAAAGAUUAGCAAAAGAAGAGGAAGAAAAGAGACGUAAAUUAUUAGAAGAGCGUGAAAGAAAGAGAAGAGAGGAAGAUGAAGAGAAAAAAAGAAAGAUUAAAGAGUUGGAAGAAUCACGUAAACGUAUCCUCAAAGAAUUGGAAGAGGAGGAUAAUAACUCGCAAGUUGAAUCAAUAUUAUCUUUGAAAAAGAAACGUUUAGCAAUUAGACAAAAGAUUGAAACCAUUUUAUCAGCCAUCAAUCCAAGUAACAAUCAAUAUACAAAAGCAGGUGUAACCAUCGAGGGAUUUGCAGAGCCAACAAAAGGGGAUGAAUCAGUUAUUGGUCUAUUAUUAACUGAUGAACUUAAAGAAGAAGUUAUCGAUUUGGUUGCAAGUGGUUUUAGAACUCUCAUUGAUUAUUUAUCGCAGCCUUCCUCAUUAGCCACAAUGGUCGAAUUCUUAAUUGAUAUUCAGGUCGGUGCCAAAGUAUUCAAUGCCAAGCAAGAUAUUAUGAAUGGAACUGCUUCAAUUGAAAUUAAAAAUUGGUUAGCAAGAAUGCAAGCUUCCUAUGAAAUCCUAAAAGGAGGUAUCCCAAUCAUUGCCAAAAUUAUAACAGACCCAGUAAACUCAUCAGUUUUAGAUAUUUUAUUCAGUAUGAUUUCAAAUCCACCACCUAUUUCACUCACCAAUAUGCACAUUUUCACCGAUUUAGUCACCAGCUUUAUGAGCAGAAAACCAGAGAUGCUCAUCUAUAUCUGUGACAACAAGGAUACAAUUUUACCAUCAUUUAUGCAACAUCUAUCAAGCUCAGAAACUGUAGAUUUAUUAUUGAAAAUGGCAGAAGUUGAAAUGACUCAAUUUAAUGAAAACUCUUCAAGCUCAUCUAGCUCUGCAGCAUCCUCCUUCUUCUCACUUUUUACUGGCAGCAGUUCCUCUAAUAGUAGUAGCAGCAGCAACAACAACAACAAAGAAAAACCUCAUUGGACCAGUGAAUUAACACCAUAUCUCAUUCUUAGAAUCAAUGAAAUUUGUAAUCUUGACAAUGUUAUUAUGGAUCAAUUGGAUUUAGAGAUUGAUAACAUUUGCAGAUUGAUGUCAGAGUUAAUUAAAAAGUAUCCAAAAUCUAAAGUUGCUCAUCAUUUAUGUGGUCAAUCUUUCUCAAAUGCCGUUCUUAGAAAUGGUUUUAAAUUGGUACUCUCCCUUCCAUAUAGUUCUCCAGUUUCAUCUUCAAUGUUAACUUUAAUGUGCACAUUAAUCGACUCAUCUAUUGCAAUGACCCAGUUAACUUCAUCAUCAACUAGUGCUCCAGAACAUCCAUCAGUCAUCAAUCAUUUAUUCAAACAAAUUGUCGUGGUCGAUAUUCCAGGUACCGAUGGCGAAACUAGAGAGCUUUCGCCAAUAAAAGCAAUCUAUGAAGUUUUAAACAUUAAAGAUUAUAGUGAACCAUUUAAUGUAGUUCGUCUCAAAUCUUUACACUUGGUAAACUCUAUGAUCAAAGCAAAUAUCCUCAAAUUAGAUAGAGAAAUAUGGGAAUCUGGUAUUUUAAAGAAGACAAUUGAUAUCUUUUUCGAAUAUGAAGCCAAUAAUGUAAUUCACUGUAUGGUCGAAUCUUUCCUUACACCAUUAAUUCAACGUUGUUUAGGUUCCGAUGAUGAAGAAUUUAUGUGUCAUUUAUUGAAGGAUUGUUCAUUUAUCUCAAGAGUUGUAAAUAUAUUAAAUGGUGGCAACAGUAAAAAUCCAAUGAAUAGUAGUAACAGUAGUAUUAGUAGUAAUAAUAGCAACAGCAAUAGUAUUGGUAGUAUAAGUAGUAGUUCUGGUAGUGGUGUAGCUAAUAGAUUAACUGCAUUAUUUGUAAAUACUAAAGAUGAACCAGAGCCACCAAAAUCAGAACCAGUCAUUGGUGCACCAGCUCCAGCUAUUGGAUCACUAUCAAGAGGUGGUGGCAAAAAAAUUAGAAGAAAAGUUUCAUUCUUUGGUGGUGGUGAAGAGGAAGAAAAUAAUAGUAAUGGUACAAAUGAAAAUUCAAAUGGUGAUUUAAAACUUGCAGUUGGCGACUUAUCAACCUUUUUACCAAACGAAUCAAAAAUUAAUGUUGAACAAGAAGAAACAACAAUAGAAAAGAAAAAUUCUAAUGGCAGUAUAUCGGCAUCCAUUUCUUCAUCUUCUUCCUCAUCCUCAUCAUCAUUACUUAAACGUACCUUGUCAUCUUCGUCCUCAUCUUCAUCCGAUAAAAAGAAAGAAAAAGAAAAAGAAAAGGAAUUAAAAGAAUUAGAAAAAAUGAAACAGAAAGAAAAGGAAAAAGAGUUAUUGGAAAUGUUAAAAUCUCAAAAACUAUCUUCAGAUCAAGAAAAAGAAAUGAAAGCUCAAAGAAAACAAGAAAAGAAAGAAAGAAAACAAAAAAGAGAAGAAAAGAAAUUAGCUAAAAGAUUAAAAGAAAAAGAAAGAGAAAAUAAAGAAAAAUCUAAAUCAAAAUCUGCUUCUUCAACCAUUUCAUUAGUUAGUAAUGCAAUCAAUAAAGAUAAAAGAUCAUCAACCUCAUUAACAUCAUCACAACUUGCCUCAAUCAAUAGUAACAGUGGCACCAAUAACAACAGCAAUGUAAUCACCACCACCACAAAUACAACCACUACCACCACAACCACAACUACCAAUACAACCACCACAACCACCACAACCACUACUAAACAACCAGUUUCAGAUCAAUCAAGUGAUACAAGCAGUGAUAGUGGCUCAUCAAUUGAUGUUUCUAAAUUAUCAUUAAAUGAUUUAGAUAGUAAUUGUAGUAGUAAUAAUAACGAUGAAUCAAACAUUAAUAUUGAAGAUAUUGAAAGUAUAGAAUCGAUAGAAGAACAGUCAAUUGUAGUUGUUUAUCAUGAAAAUGAUAAAGAAAGUAAUAUAAAUAAUAACGAAUCAUGUAAUAAUAGUAAUAGUAAUAAUAUAAAAUCAGAAAAUAUAAUAGAUAAUAAUAAUAAUAAUAAUAGUAAUAAUAUAAAAGUCGAAAAGAAGAGAGUAAAUCAUAAUGUAGGUCAUAUAAUAUCAUUAUGCAUUGAAAUUACACAUAUUGUCAAUAAGAGUAAGAAUCAGUUAUUAAGAGACAUUGUCGAUGAAUGUUGUUCGUUCCAAGGUCAAUGGGAUGAAGUUGUAGUACCCAAGCUUAAACAAGAAAUCUCUCAUAGAUCAGUUAAACCAAUUGGUACCGUUUCAAUGCGUAAAGGUAGAAAGGGUGGCCCACCAACACCAUUCACAAACGUCGAAUAUUUCCCAAAUACUGCAAAUGGUGUACCAAUUCCACCAACCGAAACUACUUCAAAAUUCUUCUUUUAA